AGUAACUAUUUAAAGAUCUGCAGUCGCAAAUGGUUUUACUAAAUGUAGGAUGGGACUUAAGUUGAACGGCAGAUACAUUUCUCUGAUCCUUGCUGUGCAGAUAGCCUACCUGGUGCAGGCGGUGAGAGCGGCGGGGCGGUGCGAUGCGGUCUUUAGGGGCUUCUCGGACUGUUUGCUGCGGCUGGGCGAUAACAUGGCCAACUACCCGCAGGACCUGGACGACAAGAGAAAUCUCCAAACGAUCUGCGCGUACUGGGAUGAUUUCCACGCCUGCACCCUCACAGCGCUCACCGAUUGCCAGGAAGGAGCGACAGACCUCUGGGAGAAAUUGAGACGGGAGUCCAAAAACCUCGAUUUCCAAGGCAGCUUAUUUGAACUGUGCGGAGGCGGCAGCGGCGCCGCAUCGUCCCUCCUCCCGCCGGCUUUGCCCGUGCUCCUGGCGGCUCUGUGGGCCGCCCUAGUGACCUGGCUGCCUUUUUAGGGGGGCGAGCACACCCACACCCACACCCUCUCCAUGUGCCGGAUCUCUCGAGGAAGUGUCCAUCCCUUGCUUUGGGGACGUUGUGCUUUUCUGUGGUUGAUGGUGGUGGUGGCGGCUGAUGGUGGUGAAACACCCGUGUAGGACUGUGGAAGCGUUUUCUCCCUUUCUUUUCUUUUUCUUUUAUUUUUUUUUCUUUUGGUGUGUUUUAUUUGCCAAAUGUUACCAAACAGGCAGCGGCGUGCAGCCCGAAUCGGACCUCAGCUUUACUAUCGCUUCAAAUCAAAAAGAGAAACAAAUAAAAAUAAAAACCCGAGCCCUCUUUGUGCAAAAGAAAUCUCAGGAACGGCUCUGGGCCACCUAAUGCUAACGUUAUACUCGGCCAGGAUAAACCCUGGCAGGCCACGGGCUCCU